AUGCCUUCCACUUCUUCCCACUCUUCUCGCUCUUCACGUCUUUCCUACUCCUCACGUUCUUCCCACUCUUCCUCUCACAAUAAACAGCUAGUAAAGGCCGUAUCUUCCUCUUCGUCCAAGCACCAGUCCAAGUCCCCUAGAGAGCCUGGUAUCAAGUCUGUCGCCCAGCAAGCUGAGCUAGACAUCUACCAGUCACAGAACAACGACCUCUGGAAGGAUGUCAAGCAUACCCAGGGUAAUAAAAGCACCUUAAUUCUCGCUGUCGUAGCACCGGAUCAGAGAAAGCCCAUGAAAAGACUCAUCGAGGACAAGGCGAAGCAUAAAAAGAUCCGUGAGUUCAGACCUAUUUCUAUCCAAAACGCGAUGUCUUUGACCACCAAACGCGUCUCUCCUUUCUCAUAA